UCAGUUGAUGCCGAGUGUCACCCACUUGCCCCCGUCGUCGAUGCGGCCUAGCUGCUGCCACCCACCAAACUCACAGUCGGCAUUGCCCAAAGGCUCGCUAAAGCCCUUGUCGAUGGCCCUCUCCCCUAUGCCGUGUCGGGCCGCCUCGUCCAGCCGGGCCCUCUGCACCACCUCACGCAGACCCACGCGGCCCCGUGUGUGGACCACCUGGUGUGGGCGGCUGUCGGCCCCGAUGGCGAAGCACUGCAGCGGCACCCGCACCGUCACGCCGCCCACAUUGGCCGUCCCGCCCACCACCUCCCUGUUGCUGCUGGCAUACAACGCCGACCUGACGAAGUGCUCGACGGCCGCACACACACGGCGGGCCAUGUCGCUGUUGCGGAUGCCGAUGUUGGCAGCGAUGGCCUCGUUGGCGGCGUCUUGAUCGAAGCACAUGGCGGCGAUCUUCCAGCCGAUGGCCUCUGACUCGUGUGGGCCGUAUCCAGCGGAGGCGGGGAGGGGGGCGGAGGGUGGAUUGGCCACAGGGGUGCCAGGGGGCUGCAGCAGGUGGGGCAGGAGAGUGGGGAGAGACUUCAUAAGGAAAGCAGCCAGCGACCGCUGAGGGGCGAGGGCGGCAUUGACGGCAGUCAUGGCCCCGGUGUGGAUGUCGUUGAGCACUAGUGUGCACUGCGGCAGCACCAGCUGGCGACGAUGGCGCUGCUCUGCGGUGUCUGUGGGGAGGCGGUUGAUAUCCGCUCCGCUUCGCAGCAAGCUGCGGAUGGUGGCCUCGCGAAUGGGAAUGUACCUGGCGGCUCGGUCCCUGGGGCCUUGCAAAUUGUUGACGUCUUGCGAAAACUCAAUCACGCAAUCAAGAGUGCUGGCGGCGUCGUAGAGAGCCGUCUCGUUGGGGGCCUUCGGUUUCCCUCUGUUGAUUUCCGCUGCUGGCAGGUGGCGGCCGAGGUAGUCAAUCACGCAUAGAGAGGUCUUCUGUGCCGCCACGUGCAGAGGCGUCUUUCCACCCGUUCUAUAGUCUCCCAAGCCAGUGUUGGACACUACUGUCAUAUCCGCGCCGUUUUCCACGAGUAGCUGAAGAUAGGAGUCGAUGAAGCGCUGCGAGUAGGGGAAACGCCCGUCGCUGUGUCGCUCGUGGCUGGCCGCCCUGCGGACGAGGUUGUUGCCGGCCCUUGGGUCAUCGGUUGCAAGCGUAGGGUCGUGCUGAAUGAUCCGGCGGUAUAUCGACAGCAGCCGCUGCUCAUAGCCGGGGGACACCUGUCGUUGCCUGAAGUAGCUGCUGGGCAGCUCCAUGGCGAAGUUAUCGCCAGAGGGAAAGGGACGGCGCACCGCAGCGCCGCGCGCUAUCAAGACCUCCAUAGCGCUCUCGUUUCCCAAAAGGAUUGCCAUCCUGAUGAUGGGUCGGCCGUCGAUCCACUGCGAUUCGGUGAUGUCGCCGCCUCCGUCGAUGAGGGCGUUGAUGAUGGCCGCCUCGAGCUCAGGCGACGACCAGUGAGGAAGGGCGAGAGGCCGCCGCCGACCGCUGCUGUCAAUCACGUCGAUUGUGAGAUGGGUGCCGUCGCUGAGAUUGUCAAUUACGAGCGAGAGCAGCCGAUACAUCUUACCACCCUCGCCGAUGCCCCGCACCCGAAGGCACGGCCAAGUAUUUGGGUCAGCACCAUCCCGUAGGAGAUCCGCCACCUGCUGUGGAUCAGUGAAUGUCCGAUGAACAACGCCGUCAGCCAGCCGUCGGGUCGCAUCGCUGGUGCCAUCCCGGUGGGCGAUUUCGACGUCACCGAGCCGCAGACAGCCAUCAGGCAGCUGGCCUUGCGCACUUGCCGCCAU